CACUACAAGAGUCCUGCAAGUGUUUGAUAUCUUGCUAGGUCAACUCUGAUUCGUUUUAGACAGUUUGUUGAGCUCUGUGUAUAUGAUGUCUAGCAAAUCAUAGGUCCGGUGACUAUUGUUCUUCAACUGUUUUAAUUUCGAGAUGCCUUGUGCAGUAGCACAGUUUGCAUACCAUCAGAACCUAAAACCAUGGCAUUAGCUGGUCUAAUGGGAAAAUCUAGGUUUUGAACUUGACAAAAUGGAAUUAGCGGAUCGAGCAGUCGGGCUUCUACUUUCUUCAAUCAGCUUAUCCAUAUUCACGUACUAUACUUUUUGGGUCAUCAUCCUGCCAUUCGUAGAUAGUGAUCACUUCAUCCACAAGUACUUCUUGCCCCAAGACUAUGCCAUUCUCGUACCUGUGUUUGCCGGCAUAGCUCUCCUCUCUCUCAUUUCCGUAUUCAUCGGCAUGGUCAUGCUCAAAUCCAAAAAGAAGAAGGCUUGAUUUCAACUUUUACAUUGAGGCAAUGUUCUGUUCUUGUUUCUUAACUUGUCCCUACUUUGUUUUGGUCUUUCAGAGGUUUAGUCCUGAACUUUAAAUGGUGUAGUUGAACCGUACGAGACUAUGUCAUAUGAUCUUGAAUACAUAUAGACAUAUUAAGUUCAAAUCUUUUCUUGGAA